CCUCUUGCCCAGGCUCAUCCCAAGGGAACAAUGGCAUUCACAGGCAAAUACGAGUUCGAGGGUGAUGAGAACUACGAUGCCUUUGUGCAGAAGAUUGGUCUCCCCAGUGACAAGGUUGAAAUGGGAAGGAACUGCAAGAUUGUGACUGAGGUGGUGCAGAAUGGGAAUGACUUCACCUGGACUCAGCACUUCCCAGGAGGCCGCACCACAACCAACACCUUCACCGUGGGCACUGAGGCAGACAUGGAGACCAUGGGAGGAAAGAAGUUCAAGGCAACUGUCAAAAUGGAAGAUGGGAAACUUGUAGCUGAUUUCCCCAACUACCGGCACACUGCAGAGAUCUCUGGGGGGAAGCUGGUGGAGAUUUCUACUACUUCUGGUGUAGUCUACAAAAGGACCAGCAAAAAGAUCGCCUAA